AUGGGACGUCGUGCGAAGACGCCCUUCUGCUCGAUUAGGAAGUUGGAGGACUUCCCCCAACCACCUACCCACGUCCUCGGCAGGACCUCAAGCGUCGACCGCAUCGCGGAACAGUACAAGGCGGUCCUUGAGUCUCGUCCUCGCUCGCUGUGCUGGGACGACUCUUCUGAGCUUGAGCUGUCACCCGCAGACAGCGAUACUGAGCAGCCAGUAACGCUCAGACAGCAUCGCAGUUCAUGCUGCCCCGGAGGAGAUGAAAGUUGUCUCAGCCACCCGUCGCGAACCGCCGCGUUCCCGAAACCUUCGCCUAUGUCAUCAGACGACGGCACGCUGGUCUCGUUCCAGGAAGAAACAGUCUACUUCAAGCCCGUUUCCUUCCCCACCUCCAAGCCUGAGGCGCCUUCCUUCGCCAAGCCGGAACCCCCCACCGUGCCGUUAAGCAGGCAGACCACGGCGGCGGCCGCCGACGCCGACGCCGACGCCGACGAGAACGUCAGCCUGCAGAUAUGCCUGGACCUGCUCACGCGCGAGCUCUCGUCGGCCAUGGCGGCUCGCCCGUCCCGCGCGUCGUCCAUGGGCUCGUCGGCGCUGCAGGUUUGGGUCAUGAUCGAAGCGUACGAGGGAUUGCGCGACCAGAUGGCGGAGCUCAGCCGGGGCAACCGGCAGGCGCGGGAGAUGGAGAGGAUGUUUGACAUGUGGCUGAGGGCGCUCUACUCGAUACACGACUCGAUGAGGGGCGUUGGUGGCAAGGACUGUGGCGCAGAACUUGGGACGGAGGCGUUGGACUAG